GCUCUGCUGAGCGGCUUUCGAGCCGAGCCACUCCGGCAAACACCACGUGCCACGCGGCCGAGUUGCACGUGCGUCCGCGGAGCUGUCGAGCUUUUGGGCGUCCCGACGUCCCCGCGAGUCGAGCUUCCAACUCACCCUCGGAAGACGAGCGCCGCUGGGAACGCGUCCGGUCGAUUUUGUCCAUUGUUCCUUCGCUCGAGACGCUCCCCCACCUUCGCGACCCCCCCUUCCCCCAAUUUCACCGUCGAUCCGAAUCGAACUCCUUUCUUUUUUAAUCGCGACGCAUAAUCGCGCGUACAAAGUUUCGCGAACCGGGACGAAACCAGUCGAGAUCUGUGAUCCUGUGAACAACCGAAAACUCGACGACCAAUUUUUGGGGAAAGCUGUUCUCUCCGUUCCAGAAUCACGAGAAACGUAAGAGGCUGUCGACAGGUUCCGUUUUAAAGGCAGCGACGAUACGAAAGGGGUUGAUACAAUGAAUAGAACGGGACAGCCAUAGGACGAUUCAAUAAAAUGACGAUGGAUGUAAGCAAAAGCGAGCCAAGCAAAAAGGGGGCGGCGCAGCAUGAAUGCGCUUUCUGCCAGAAGGCAAUCACGGAAAGGUUCCUGUUAAGCGCGCUGGACAUGUUCUGGCACGAAGAUUGCCUCAAGUGCAGCGUCUGCGCGUGCAAGCUUGUCGAGGUUGGAUCCACCUUGUACACGAAGACCAAUCUUAUAUUAUGUAAGAGGGACUACCUAAGACUAUUCGGAAGCACCGGGCUCUGCGCGGCCUGCAACAAAUCCAUACCGGCCUUCGAGCUGGUGAUGAGAGCAAGGACCAACGUCUAUCACUUGGAAUGUUUCGCCUGUCAGCAGUGCAAUCACAGAUUCUGCAUCGGCGACAGAUUCUACUUGUACGAGAACAAAAUCUUGUGCAAGUACGAUUACGAGGAAAGACUGGUUUUUGCGAAUAUGGCGGUGCACCCACCGCCAACCGCAACCCUCGCACAGAUUAAGAGACAAGUGACGCAUCUUCAGCCACAGACCAUAUCUACGGGAAGCCCGCAGGAGCACGCGAACGGGGAGGCGACCCAUAACCACAACGGUUACCUCGCGCCGGCGAGCACCAGCGCCCAUAACAUCCUGAACCCCAUGAAUAAUUUAAACGGUAUCAAUGCACAAACACCUUACGACACCAAAUAACAAACGAAGUAAGCGCCGGCGCACCGAUCGAACCGCGGAUGUGUUGCCAAAUACUUUUAGCGACGCGAAACCGUCUUCUCUGUCAACGCACUCGCAGCCGCGCCGAACACGCUCGGCGGCUCGCUCGUCGCCGCACGGAGUACUCGCGAUCGAGGCUAUUAUCCAAAGAACUCGAUGACGUCUCGAGAUCGUGCGAACGGCGAUACUCUGUGUAAAACUCGAACCUCGUGGAAACGCCACAAAUUUCCUAGGCGUAAGGCGACGAUCGUCGCAAUCUUCGAGAAACGAACCGAACCGUCUCGCCGGUGACCGGCAGACCCUGUCUGCCCGCGGUUCAGCGACCUUUAAGGCUAUACGAAUCGAGCGCGUGAAACUAUUGGUGCUGUUUAGUCGAAGUUUAAUUGUUUGAAUUUCGCAGGCUAAAGUAGACUCUAAAAAUCAACCGAUUCAGCUAGGAGGGGGGGAUAUAAAACGAGCCGAGCGUCAAGAGAAGCAAGGAGAGAGAGAGAGAGGGGGGAGGGAGAGAAAUGCAGGAUGAGGUUAGGCGCUCGCGAGGAAACAAUGCGGGUAAACCGAAUGCUCAGGGGUGAUCAAAGUUUGGCCGUUCUUGUAGUCGACUUUGCUGUCCGUUGCGGGCUACGCCGGUAAAUCUAGCUUUACCGGACUACCGGACCAACGGACUACCGGAGGUAGAACUCGAGGAAUGGCCACAGGGUGAAAUUGGUGAGCGAGGUCCGCCUGGCAGAUCGAAUCGGUAGCUGGCUCCGGCAACCAGCCAGCUCAGGCCAGCAUCGCUACCCCUUGGGGCUCAUACGUUAGGGGUGACUUAAGCAUUGUUUCAACUUCGAAUCUCCCGGUAGAAGCCCAGAUUGAUGUCGCGAACUUUUCCGUUGCCUUAUUUGCGAGUCAGAUAACGAGACUGUGAGUUAUGCCGAAACUUCUCUCUCUGUCCUUCUCCGGAAUUGGCCAGGCGCUAUCAGCGGCGGCUGCGCUCCGCCGAGGAAUCUUUUACUUCCUUUAUGCCAUACGCUCUGGACGAUUUGUCGGCGGCACGCCUCUGGAAAGAGUUUUCCCGAUCCCUCGAACAAUAAUAGGUUUACCUCUCCUUGCCGCGAUCGUUCCAUUGGCAUCUCGUACGGCGAACGCGUCCUAUACGACUCACCUUUGACCCGUUUGCAUCGCAACCAAUGAUUAAACGUAACCACUUGGUCAUCGAUUGAUUCUUAAAACGUUAUUUGAUUUGGUCGGUGCGUGCUUUGCAGUUAUCGCACCGAUAAAGUGUUUAUCUUCCUUUAUUUUGUGAUUAACAGACGACGCAAUGACUUCGAGCAUUUCUUGACAAAAUUGUUUCGACACGUUAAGUGCGUCCGCGAUAUCAAAGUCAAUUAAUUAAUAUAGUCGAAACUAAGUACUUAAAAUUUGCCGUAACAUUUAUUAAUUGAACUUUUUUGCAUUACAAAAACUCUAGUUAAAAAUUAGUGUGACCUCUGUGCGACCGGCGCGGCACUCAACGUGUUAAUCCAGAAAAAUGGAGCGUGUGUCUACGCUAAUGAUGCAAAUGGGUUAACCUUCGGUCGUGCGCAAUCGAUCAAAUUCAUCGCACAAACGUUUUGAUGUAACUUUGAAACAUGGGACGGGCCAUGUAAAUUUUGACAAGCUAUUUUCAGCGAACAAUGGCUAUCAAGCGCAUUCUUUUAAACGAGUCAUUGAAUCAAUUUUGUUUGCACUUCGUUAUAAUCUGCGGAUUUAUGCAUUUAUGGUUAUCACAUUUUAAACAGCCAAGACAACUCGUUAAAAUGAUUAAGAACAAAAAUAAAUGCCCGUGCAGCUCUAGCGUGUUGCAAUCGUUAUAGACAAAUUUUAUUUUGACUUAAAAAUCUGCAAGCUGGUUAUAACUCUUAAAUUGUGUAGAGUUUAGAACUGAAUCCAGUUCAACUAGAUCCAUCAAAAAAAAAAGAAAAAAGAAAAGUUAAUAGAUAACUUUAAUAAUAGAAACGAGGGGUUCUAGAGCAGUUAUCCUACACUAUGUGAUCAACUCCCUUAACACUUUGACUGACACAAUUUUUCCACGAAACUUGUAAAUGAAUUUUAAUUACAAUCUAUUAUUAAGUAAGCCAAACAUUGUUAGGAUCUACGAGAUGUAAGCAGUUUACAAAAGCACUUGCUAUAAUAAAUCAUGUUUUGUCUCUAGUCUUGUAUUAUUAAAUCGGUUAUACUGACUUUGUGCGACGUUUCUGAACACCGGUGCGUGGCAGUCAACGUGUUAAAAUUUAAUUCAAAAAUCGAAUCGAUAUCUAUCGCGGUUUCCGAGUGUACCGAUUUGUCACAUUAUUUUAUCUAUACCGAAGGGUUUUGAUCGAGAAAAUGAAAUCCAGUCUGUUAACGACUUCUGCGCCUUUUAAGUAAGCCUAUGAUCGUUCACAAUGUCUAUUGCCAAGUUUUUCUAUCGAAACGUUCGUACAUCUCGUUCGUAUUUUUAGUACGAAUUUCGAAAUGGCCACGUCGUAUUAGGUGUAACGAAAUACUUCCACCAAUACUCUGUAAUGUUACGAGUAGUUCCUAAGCGUACGUUUACGUUAGAGCUGCGAUAGAAACGGCGAGAGCGUCGAUCAGCGCGACGACAAAAGCUGAUUGUCCAGCAAGCUGCGCUCUGCUCGCAGCUUCGGUGUAAGCAGUUCCAUUAUAAAAAGAAAAAGAAACGAUAGCACGUAUCUCGUCGCUCUGAUCGUUCGUUGCAGCUCCGCCAUGAGCGUACCCUAACGCUAGACGUCUUCGUAAUAAAAAGAAAAUCGAAGGAACAGUCGAGAAAAGUAAAAAAAGUAAAUUGUAUCGUGUCGUACCGACUACUAACCGACUAUCUAACCAAAUAACUCGAAUAGAUUACGAUUAGUAACCGACCAUGGAUGGCGAUCACCGAGGCAAUCGUACAUUAUUCGACGCGUUCCGAUCGGCGAACGGUUCGCACUAUAAUCAAGCCGCUUAUCUAAUGGCAAAAACCGAAUUCCGUCUCGCCUCGAAUGCCGAAUUACACGUGUACGAUCCGUGUAAAAAAAAAAGAAAAUGGAAUGAGGGGAACGGUGAAGAAGACGCAGCAUUGAACGGGAAUACGCAAGGAAGUGUGUAAGUUCGCUAGUAUAGAUAUGUUUUGUAUCAUAGUUCUAUCAUAGAAAUAUUAAUUGAAAUAAAAUUACUGUUUCGAUGUUA